CUCAUAUGCCCUUCGAGGAAUUGACGGACUUUUCUCACGCAAAUAAAAAAAUGAAUAGAUAUAAUGAGGAUAAGAAUCAACGUUAACACAUGCUAAGAGCCAUUUAUUGAGUAUAAUCAAUGUAUCAAUGAAUGAUACAAUGACCUUUAACGUUUUUCCUCCUCGUGUCGUGCAAAAACCCCCACACAGAUUACACUCCCUCCAAUUACAUUGUGGGAUGGUAUAUAUACGCGUGAUGUUCGGGUGUAUAUCCAGUGGCCAGUGGUAUCAGUCCGGCAAACGUUAAGUAAGUAUCAGGUGAUUUCAAUCGAAGCUUUUAUUCACUUAGCGGUUGUGUCGCGAAUUUGUCUUUCACGUUCGUUUCUAACUGAUUGAAAGAUUGUAUAUACGAGAUAUUAUUCUCUUUUCGAAAUCUUACAAUUUUUCGGGAGAGAGAAGUAUCGCUGCAAAUCGGAAACAUGACGAAUACAGCUGAGAAUGAUCCGUUUUAUUACUCUUUGAGCGGCAAUAAGCAGGAAGAUGAGAAAUUAUUGGAACCGAUUAGAUACAUUCUUCAAGUUCCUGGAAAGCAGAUAAGGGCGAAAUUAGCCCAGGCCUUUAAUUACUGGCUAAAAAUAUCACCCGACAAAAUACAAGCAAUUGAGGAAAUAGUAACCAUGCUCCACAACUCAAGCAUUGUGUAAGUUUGCAUUUUAUUACAU